GACGCAGGCUGUUGUUGACGCGAGGGGUUUUCUGGGAAAAACUUUAGCCGGACGCCAUUUUGCCCCCGGAGAACGGAGGCAGUGCAGCAGCGGCGGUGUUCGCGGCGAAGCACUCGCACCUUCCCCCCGGUACAUCGCAUCUCCGGCGGACCACGAUGGCGAGUCCAGGAAAAGAUGGCUACCGGAUGAAGAGCUACAAGAACAAAGCGCUGAAUCCUCAGGAGAUGCGUCGAAGGAGAGAGGAGGAGGGAAUCCAGCUGCGCAAACAGAAACGAGAGGAGCAGCUGUUCAAGAGGAGAAACGUCUCUGUGCCUUCAAACGAUGAAUCGAUGCUGGAAAGUCCGAUCCAGGACCCGGACAUCAGCUCCACGGUACCUGUCGCAGGUGACGGGGUCAUAACUCCGGAUAUGAUUCAGAUGAUUCUCUCUGAAGACCCAGACCAGCAGCUUGUUGCCACACAGAAAUUCAGGAAGUUACUGUCCAAAGAGCCGAACCCGCCAAUAGACGAAGUAAUUUCCACUCCUGGUGUUGUGAAUCGUUUUGUGGAAUUCCUGAAGAGGAGUGAAAACUGCACACUACAGUUCGAGGCGGCCUGGGCUCUGACCAACAUCGCCUCCGGCACCUUCCUUCACACCAAGGUGGUGAUUGAAACAGGAGCCGUUCCCAUUUUCAUCGAGCUUCUCAACUCUGAGUACGAGGACGUCCAGGAACAGGCUGUGUGGGCUCUGGGGAACAUCGCAGGAGACAACGCCGAAUGCAGAGACUAUGUGCUCGACUGUGGCAUCCUGCCAUCUCUGCAGCAGCUACUCGCUAAAUCCAACCGUCUCACAACGACCCGCAACGCAGUGUGGGCUCUGUCCAACCUGUGCCGAGGGAAGAACCCGCCGCCGGACUUUGCCAAGGUGUCUCCCUGUCUCAGUGUCCUCUCCAGGCUCCUGUUCAGCAGCGAUCCAGACGUGCUGGCCGACGCCUGCUGGGCUCUGUCCUACCUGUCCGACGGGCCCAACGAGAAGAUCCAGACGGUCAUUGACUCGGGGGUUUGCCGCAGACUGGUGGAGCUGCUCAUGCACAGUGACUAUAAGGUGGUGUCUCCUGCUCUACGUGCGGUCGGCAACAUCGUGACGGGAGAUGACAUCCAGACUCAGGUAAUCUUGAACUGUUCGGCACUGCCCUGUUUACUCCACCUCCUCAGCAGCCCCAAGGAGUCCAUCAAGAAGGAGGCGUGCUGGACCGUGUCCAACAUCACGGCGGGAAACCGAGCUCAGAUUCAGAAUGUCAUUGAUGCCAACAUCUUCCCCGUGCUGAUCGAGAUCCUGCAGAAGGCGGAGUUCCGCACGAGGAAGGAGGCGGCGUGGGCCAUUACCAACGCCACGUCUGGUGGCACCCCGGCACAGAUACGGUACCUGGUGUCUCUGAACGCCAUCAAACCCAUGUGUGACCUGCUGACGGUGAUGGACUCGAAGAUCGUGCAGGUUUCUCUGAACGGCCUGGAGAACAUCCUGCGGCUGGGAGAGCAGGAGGCCAAGCAGAACGGCUCUGGCAUCAACCCGUACUGCGCUCUCAUCGAGGAAGCCUACGGCCUGGACAAGAUCGAGUUCCUUCAGAGUCACGAGAACCAGGAGAUCUACCAGAAGGCCUUCGACCUGAUCGAACACUACUUCGGCGUGGAGGAGGAGGAUGCCAGCCUGGCACCACAGGUGGACCCGAGUCAGGGCCAGUUCGUCUUCCAGCAGCAGGACGGGCCCAUGGAAGGUUUUCAGCUUUAACGCCGCUUCGCCCCACUGGACAGACGGAGAGCCCCCCCUUCCUUCGUCGUCGUGGCCCCUGCUGGCCUUAGCGAAACCCCUCCCGAGACCUCGGCUCGGCUGCUGGUUCUGCUCCACCAGCUCCUCCUCCUCCUCACACCGACGCAGACUCUGGAUCUGUGGACGGAGAGACUGAAACUGUCGGUUCAAAGACGAUUCACUUUCAAGAUGAAUUCUCUCUUCUACUGUUUUUUCUUUUCUUCUAGUGCUACAGAAUUGUGUUCCUUUUGACUUCCUGUGAUAUAUAUAUAUUUUUUUCCCAUAUAAUUUUAAAUGAAAUUAAUAUUUAUGUUACAAAUUAGAAUCUGUUGUCUCCAAAUCAGCAUCCGUGUCCCUUGUUGAAUGUGAAACUACCUCUUCAGAAAGAACGAAAGCAUAAAAGAGAGGAACAGAUGAAUGAUUCGAUAACAAGCAUCAGAUACAUUUUUCUUUUAUUGUUUCAUUGAAUAAACCCCGGGGGGGAGGUGGGGGUGUGUAGUGGCCAAUGUGUCAGCCAGUAACUGUACAGUAUAUACAGUACUGCUGUGUCACGGUGUUUCCAUAGCGACUCAUAGCGCCCAUAGCGUCCUCUCCCAGACCCGGCGAGAAACCCGGAGACUCUGGGCAUUUUUUAUUUAUUUGUCGUCUUGAGAGCUGAGGAGGAGGAGAAGAAAAGGACGAGGAGGAGGGGGAGGAGGAGGAGGAGGAGGAGGAGGGGAACAGCUUCCUGGAUGACGUCGACGCCCCCUACUGGCUCGAGUGAGUCUGGAAUUCUGGGACAGUGUGUGUGUUCCUUUCGCUGCUUAAUUGAAGUGGUGUGUAUUUCAGAUUGAUGGGUGCUGACGACGUGACGUGACAGCGUGUGAAAUGAGAUUGUGGUUCAUCUGAAAUUAUUCUUUCCGCCUGCAGUCGAUGACUUCAUGUGACGCGGACGGUCGACGGACUUGGACAGUUUUUGUAUGUUAUAUAUACAAAUGUGAGAGAGUGCUUGAUAUGCAAUUGUAUUUUCUGUGUCUUGAUGCAGUCGUUGUAUUUCUGGUCCAUUACUUUGGCCUGUCGCGAUAAUUACAUUAUCGACCAAUCGCAAUAUGAAAUCAAUCAUUUGUAUUUACCUCUUUAACAGCCAUUGUGUCUACAUGCAUGCGUGUUGACAUUAGAGUGAAUGUCAGCAACACACACGCUGCUUCUGUUCCAUCGUCUGUUCUCGUCGUAUGAUUUAUAAAUCACUGGUUUUGCUCUAUAAAAUGUCCGAAAAUAUAGAUUUCUUAGUAUUUUUCUAAAACGUUGGAUAACAUUUCCCUCAGCAGCGACAAAAAUUUACUUAGGACUUGCACGUGCAACGACCAAGCUCGCAUGAAUUCAGAAUCAACAGAGUUGUCUUAAUAUCGUUUAUCGCGAUCAUUUCGGGGACAACAUAUUGUGCAAAGAACAGUAGUUAUCGUGACAGGCCUGCCAUUACUCACCCGUGACAGUUAGUUACGCUUUGAUUUUUGUUUUAUCAUUUUGUGGCUAUGUUUUUUAAGAUGAAAAGUUUAGCGCUCUUGUUUUUUUUUCCAUUCCUACUUAAAACCCCAUUAACCAUGAGUUGACAGUUUUUCUACAUAUGCACGUUUGAGUACAGCAAACAUUCAUCGGUGGAAAAAAACAUGAAAUCAAUUUAUAUUUAUGUGAAAUGAAAAAGAAUAUUUGUAAUGAAGAUAUGACCUCAUGCCACAUUGACUUGUGUAGAGUUUUCUAAUGUUUCUAGUUUGUAUGAUUGCGUUUCAUUUUAUUAUUUUUUUUUUAAGGUUUUGGUCCUAUCUUUGUUUUCUCCUGUUGUGAGAAGGGUGGUUGCUGUGUCGUCGUCGUGGCUCUGCAGAACUGUCUGUGUACAGUACAGGAGCGUGUUGUUCACAGUACGAUAUGAUGCAGCCACACUGGACCACAGACGUGUGCCGGCGAAGCUGACUCGUGAAUAAAUAAACCGAUCUGUAGGCUACAAACCAUAAGCACCCGCUACUUCAUCACCCGUCACAGGGAAAUACUGUACUUAUAGCCACUUACACGGGCAUAGCACUAGGGGGGAGAAGGGCACAGACUACCCAAUGGUGGGGGAGGCGCUUGUGUACGGGCCCCAUAAUCUGGUGCUACACCCCUGGCUACUUAGAAGUUACUUUUGCCUUUGUUCUUGUGUUUCAAUCAAAAACGUGUGCACAAGCAGGCUCUAAGAUUGUUGAACAUUUUGACUGUUCUAAAAUGUCAUACAAAUUAGAUAAAAUUGUGUUUUUUCCAAGUGAACACCAGGAGUCGAGUUGCAAUGAAUGAAAGUAAAACAAAUGUAUGUUUUGAACAAUUUGUCUGUCAAUGGAAGAACCGGCGACGAGUCGUUUUUGCAUCGCACAUUGGGCAUUGAACUGUAUUCAUUCAUAAGCAGAAAUUGUAUUAAUAUAUCAUUGCCAGUGAACGAUGCGUUCAGUCACACAGUCGCCACCUGUAAACCUGUGAGCUGGUCAAACGCUGCAGGUGGAAAAAAGGUGUUUCACCCUGUGUUCAUUCGCAUGUACAAUCUAUAUUUUUUGUGUAAAAUGUUGUCCUGUGUGUGUGCUGUAUCUUUAAAGAACUGACAGCGGCCCAUUGGUCAUUUUUCUUUAUUGGCACUGGCCUGACCCAAUCAAAUCCAGGAACCCCCUUCCCCACUCCCGCCGCAAAUUAAGGAAGCCGAUUGGUCAGGCGACAGGACCUGUACAAGUGAGGUUACGUUACCUUGCGUAAUCAUGGACGCCUGGCCAAUGAAUGCUAUUGAAGUCUGACCAAUCACGGUGGGUGUGGGCCGCCUGGGCCAGUUUCUUUGUCCCAGUCCAGUCCCGGACCUUAUAUAGUUAUAGUCUGAACCAGCCUUCCGUUCCGCCCUUCACAAUAAAAGCCCAACUUAAAAAAUCACUCGGCAUUUCGCAACUCAAUGACAGACUCCAAAUUAAAUGUAACGCAACUCAAACAACACAGCUCACACCAGUUUCACUCACCAGCAUUGACACGGCCACGGUCCAAACCCACGAUCAUCAUGUGGUACAUAUAAAUAAAAUAAAAUAAAUAAUAAUAAAUAAAAGUCCCUUUCACUUUCCUUUUCGCAAUCGACUGGACCACUCCGCCCUCCAUCUUCUUCUUCUUCUUCUCCCCUCUGCCACAUCAACAGUGUCUCUGCUUGUUGGACACUCGACUCAUCGACGUCAUUCAGACCCUGCACACUUCUACACUAAAGAUGUCCUCUUGGAUCGACGGGCUGCUGAAGCUGUGCGGCGACUUAUUCGAGAAUGAGGAAAUAAGGAACACUCUGCGAUACACAAGGCAUGGAGUAACAUUAAUCGGAGGACUGGCCACUGUUGGAGGGUUACUCCUGGGUCCUGUCGGUCUCUUUGUGGGUGGUGGCGUCGGAAGCGUGUCCGCCUACUUGUGGACCAGGGGACUAUUCCAAUCCCUGCUGGAGCUCUUUGACGAUCUGGUGGUCUGCAUCGAAAAACUUCGACUGACCGAUUAUGCCAAGCUGCUGACGGCCAUAAUGAUGUGAUCUGUUUCUAGUGAAGCUGGACAGACCUCAUUAAAUGUAAAGUCACGAUCAA